AUGACUGUGGCAGACUUGGACCCUCACAAGACCGAUGCGCCGAUUCCGUCUCUGGCAUCACUGGCAGCAAUGGAAGCUCCUCUGUUCCUCCCAUGGUCUACCGAGCUGGCCAGGAUAGGCACGGGCUUCGACUCUCGGCUCAUCGACAAUGCAGCGAAGAAGGCGUGGGUGCCGAAAUGUGCCUUUCAAAACCUGGAAGAGGCUGUGGCGCUCUGCGAGACGGCGGGCUGCACGACGAGCUUUCGCGAAGGCUCCACCGACUCGACCAGCUCCUCGUCCGAGCAUAUGAGCAUGUCGCUUGGAGUGACGGUGGGCAACAAACUUCUGAGCGCCAAUGUCACGGGCUCGUAUGACUCCAGGAUCGAACUCAAUCAAAACGCGUAUCGAGUCUCGAAACAUUGCUCUUAUCGCGCCGGCCGGGUGAUUUUGACGCCGACGCCACGGCUGACAGACCAAGCCCGCUGUCUGCUCGAAAAGGACCCUGGGCGAUUCCGAGAUGAGUAUGGUGAUUAUUACAUCGCCGGCCUGCAAUUGGGCGCCGAUGCUGGCUGCUCUUUGAGCGUCGCCGCCUCAUCAGAGAGCCGGACGGAGACGACGAAGCUGUCGGUGACGGUACACGUGCUGUUCUGGGACGCCACGGCAGAGACAGAGGACACCCAGUCCAGCCAGACUUCUGCCUUUGCAUUGAACUUUAUGGCCUACGACACCCUCACUCACAGCUUUGUCGAGCAGCAUUGUGCUGAAGGCGCCCAAACCGGAAGCAUCAAGGAGCUCGCCAAACGCUACAUGCAAGCCGUGUUGCAUCUCCAAGCGAGUGUUGACCGGAAGCUGGUGGAAUGGCGUGUCUCGCCAUCUGCACAGCUGUCCAUUGGGCAGUGUCAGGCUCUCUGCGGAACUGGUGUCGUGUCGCAUCUUGUUCUCGAGCCCUACUCACAUCUGCUUGAGGUACGAAGACUUCAAGCGACAGUCCACAAUUGGAAGAAUACGAGAAAUUCUAUGCUAAGCGAGCUGUAG